AUGGGGAUGUUGCAGCAGCUGUAGUGUGAGAGACGGCUGGUUUGAAGAAACCACGUGAUAAAUCAUACUUCCUGUAACCGUCAGGCCUCGGCUCUCUGCAUUUCUUCUUUCGUAAUCAGUGACACACACAUGGCGGGUACGAGGAUCUCGAACCUCCAGAGCGCAGCGAAGCAGCCGCCGCCGCUGAUUCAGUCUCCUCAGCGCAGCUCAGCGCAGGGAGCCGUGCAGAUGCGCAUUAAGAGCGCGCAGAGCUCCGGAGACCGCCUGAGUCAGUCCAAGUCCAUGGUUCUGCAAGACUCUUCCACAGAACUUCCACAGAAACCCAUCUCUCGGCACCGCAGGAAUCAGUCUCAGCACAAUGUCGUGGUGGCAGGAGCCGCCACGUUCGAACCACUGGUGGAGUUGAAAGGUGAACACCUCAAUGUGGCUAAAAUCUCAGACAGUGGUAAAAAGCAAAGGAAGAACUGGACUUCGAUGUGGACCAUGCUGACCUCAGACCAGCUGCUGUUUUACAAAGACAAACAGCAGGAAACUGCUCUGAAACCAGGAGGUAAGACCGACGUGGUCCAGCUGUGUGGAGCUGUUGUCGACUGGACAACAGAGAAAUCCAGCAGGAAAAAUGUCUUCCAGAUCACAACAAACACAGGAAGUGAGUACCUCCUUCAGUCUGAGAGUUCAUCCACCGCCAGCAUAUGGUUCCACGCCGUCAGGAAGGCUGUCAACUCUUCAACUAAAGCAGACGGAGGUUGUCCCCUGCGGAGGUCCAACAGCACCGAGUGCCUGCCCAGACACAGCUCGCUGCCUGGCUACGGCUCAGCCUCCCCCAGCACCAAGCAACGCAACCCGGUUCACAGGCGCUCCAUCAACAUGUUCGGCAGCUCCAAGCUGAAGCACAGUACGUCAGACAGCGCCGACAAGAACGGAGUGAAGAACAGGCUGAAAAAGUUCAUCAUCAGACGUCCGUCCAUGAAGACGCUACAGGAGAAAGGCCUCAUCAAAGACCGAGUAUUCGGCUGCCAGCUGUCGACACUCUGCGAGCGGGAAGGAACCACGGUGCCAAAGUUCAUUCAGAUGUGUUUGGAUGCGGUUGAUAAACGAGGUCUGGAGGUUGAUGGGAUCUACAGAGUCAGUGGAAAUCUGGCCACAAUCCAGAAACUGCGCUUCAUCGUCGACCAAGAGGACGAUCUGGACCUGGACCACAGUCAGUGGGAGGACAUCCAUGUGGUCACAGGAGCCCUCAAGUUGUUUUUCCGUGAGCUGCCGGAGCCGCUGUUCCCCUUCAGGUUCUUCCAGCCUUUCGUGGAAGCCGUCAAGAUCAAAGAAUCCAAACACAAAAUCCAGACUGUGAAGAAACUGAUCCAGCAGCUGCCCAAACCCAACCAGGACACCAUGAAGCUGCUGUUCAGUCACCUGCACAGAGUUCUGGCCUUUUCCAGGAAGAACCUGAUGUCCACUCAGGGCAUCGGUAUCGUGUUUGGCCCAACGCUGAUGUGGCCUGAGUUGGACGCAGGAAACAUGGCGGUCAAUAUGGUCUACCAGAACCAGAUCGUGGAGUUCAUCCUCAUUGAAAGCCAAGAGAUCUUCAACCUGGACAGGAAGUAAACGGUCCUGACGUGGAUUGGAUCGUCUGUCACACAUUUACACAUCCAAGCUGAAAAAAUUACCAAAUUACUGUAGAUGUUUCAUUGUUUUAGGAGAAAAGAGACGCAGCAGGUGAUCGGGCUGGACUGUACAAAAUAAACGGAUGGAUUCUGGUCCCAACAUAUUCUGAAGAUCAUUUUUUAAUUUAAUCCAAAAUGGAUCAACUAUUGCUUCAAAUGCCGGGGACUGAACUCGGAUAUGUGUGGAGUGACCACUGUCGCCACCGGCCGAACAAGUUCAGAUGAAAACCUUAAAGUUUGAAACAUCCCAAAUUACAGUUUAUGUACAGAACAUUUAUAUUAUGCAACAGUAUACACACAUAUAUACACUCAGAUGUGAAUAUAUACACACACAGCAGCCAUUUUAUUAGAGUAAACCUGUUCAACUGCUUGUUAACACAUAUAUCUACUCAACCAAUCACGCAGCAGCACCUCAGCGCAUUUAGGCUCGAAGACACGAUCAACUCGAGCUGAAGCUCGAGCAUCAGAACGAAGCGGAAACGCGAAGUGACUCUGAACGUGGUUCCUGCUGCCGAGCUGCUCUGAGUGUUUCAGAAGCGAGCAGCAGAGAACACACCGGGUGCUGGUCCUGUCCGCUGAGAACAGGGCGCUGGGGACAGGACGCUGAGGCUACAGUUCACACGAGCUCACAAACUGGACAAUAACCAACCAAGUUGCCUGGUCUGACGAGUCUCGGGUUCUGCUGUGACAUUCGGACGGCAGGAUCAGAGUUUGAUGUAAACAACAUGAAACAACAUGUUGCUGCUGACCGUGUCCGUCUCUUUAUGUCCACAGUGUACCUGUCCUCUGAUGGACGAUUCCAGCAGGAUAACUGGUUUCUUGGCAGUGAGUUCACUGACUGGACUCAGACGUGUCCACAGGCAGAGUCCAGCUGCCCAUUACUCAGCUUUAAAGAUGGUGAAUGAUUUUGUGUGUGAUGUCAUUUCUAAUAUAAUUUCUAAUAUUCUGAACUCAGCCACAGAUUCUAAAGGUGUCAGACCCACCUGCACCUUUUUUCUAUACAUAUUUUUAUUUACUUUUUGUUGUGUGAAUUUUACAUUUUUACAGUUGUUGUGUUUGUUUCAUCAUUCAAAGCCACAAAAUAAACCAAGUAUGACA